CCGAGCUUCCUCCACUCACAUCCGCUCGCCUCCACAGAAAGGGACUUGGUGAAAAGUGUAACGAUGUCAGUGCAGGUUGUGGCAGCGAAAAUGGCAGAGGUCGAACUCAAAGACGUCGGCAAAGAAUUACCCGCCGAUUCUCCGGUUACACCGACGUCAGAAGGAAUAAUGGCGAGAAGCUACCCGCGCGAGUCCGGUUCCACCGCCGCAGCGUCCCCGACCGCGGAGCUACCCGCCAAUGCCGGGGAAGGCAACCCGGGCUUGCUCGCCCCGAACGUCAUCAAGAUGCCGCAGGCGUCGGCUAUGAAGCGGCCGGACCCGCAGCAGAACGGCGGCGAGGCGUUCGUUAACCGGGACGGCACCGUGGCUGAGGCGCCGCGAAUGAAAAAGAUCCAGUUUGCCGACCAGAAGCAGGAGUUCAACAAGCGGCCCUCCAAGAUCGGCCGCCGCUCCUUGUCGCGCUCCAUUUCGCAGUCGUCCACAGACAGCUACAGCUCAGCGGCGUCGUACACGGACAGCUCCGACGAUGAGACGUCUCCUCGGGACAAACAGCAGAAGAACUCGAAGGGCAACGGCGACUUCUGCAUCAAAAAUAUCAAGCAGGCCGACUUUGGCCGCCGAGAGAUCGAGAUAGCCGAGCAAGAGAUGCCGGCCCUCAUGGCUCUGAGGAAGCGAGCCCAGGGCGAGAAACCCCUCGCCGGCGCCAAGGUGGUGGGCUGCACUCACAUCACCGCCCAGACCGCUGUGCUGAUGGAGACUCUGUCAGCUUUGGGUGCUCAGUGCAGGUGGGCGGCCUGUAACAUCUACUCCACCCAAAACGAGGUGGCGGCUGCUUUGGCCGAAGGAGGUUUCAGCGUCUUUGCAUGGAAGGGCGAGUCGGAGGACGAUUUCUGGUGGUGUAUCGAUCGCUGCGUCAACGUGGAAGGCUGGCAGCCCAAUAUGAUCUUGGACGAUGGUGGUGACCUGACCCACUGGAUCUACAAAAAGUACCCCAACAUGUUCAAGAAGAUCAAGGGCAUUGUGGAGGAGAGUGUCACGGGUGUGCACAGGCUUUACCAGCUGUCCAAGGCCGGCAAGCUAUGCGUCCCCGCCAUGAAUGUCAACGACUCCGUGACCAAGCAGAAGUUUGACAACCUCUACUGCUGCAGGGAAUCCAUCUUGGACGGUUUGAAGAGGACGACUGAUGUCAUGUUUGGAGGCAAACAAGUGGUGGUGUGCGGGUACGGAGAGGUGGGAAAAGGCUGCUGCGCCGCCCUCAAGGCGAUGGGCGCCAUCGUUUACGUCACAGAGAUCGAUCCCAUCUGUGCCUUGCAGGCUUGCAUGGACGGCUUCAGGCUGGUGAAGCUCAACGAAGUCGUCAGACAAGUGGACAUUGUCAUCACCUGCACGGGUAACAAGAACGUGGUGGUGCGAGAGAACCUGGACCGCAUGAAGAACGGCUGCAUCGUCUGCAACAUGGGCCACUCUAAUACCGAGAUUGACGUUGCGAGUCUGCGGACGCCCGAGCUGACCUGGGAGAGGGUGCGCUCGCAGGUGGACCACGUCAUCUGGCCCGACGGCAAGAGGAUAGUCUUGUUGGCCGAGGGUCGUCUUCUGAACCUCAGCUGUUCCACCGUGCCCACAUUUGUACUUUCUAUCACGGCCACCACCCAGGCCCUGGCUUUGAUCGAACUCUACAAUGCUCCAGACGGACGCUACAAACAGGACGUUUACCUUCUGCCCAAGAAGAUGGACGAGUAUGUGGCCAGCCUCCAUCUGCCUACGUUCGACGCGCACCUGACAGAGCUGAGCGACGAGCAGGCCAAGUAUCUGGGCCUGAACAAGAACGGACCCUUUAAGCCAAACUAUUACAGGUACUAAAACAGGGUGGGGCGAGAGGAGACGGCAGUCCUCCCCGAAGCGCACCGACCUGACGAAGCCGCCGAGGUGGAGGAUGGCGGGACAGGAAAGUCAACACACAUCCUUUAGAAUCUAAGUGGGGAGGAGGGCAGGGCUCAGGCCGGGCCUGAGGGGGCAGACGUUUAAUUUAUUCCCACGCCACAAUAUUAAUAAAAACCCUGAGGGAACUUGGUUUGGGGAGGGGGCGGGGCUUCUUUCCGUUAUCGGCCACCAGCUCGCUUCCCGGGAAGCUGGGAGGACUUUUGAUUUUCCCUGUGCGUCGCAAUUCUCCCCCCCCUGUUGCCUUUUUACAAAUUCAACCAAUGCAAAAUAUAAAUAUACUAUAUCAGAAAAAAACAUGAUAAAAAAAAAAAGAAAGAUAGCAAAAUUUAGCGCCCCCCUUCUGUUCUUUUUGUCAUGAUUCUUUUAUACAUGUUUUAUUCUCGCGUGUUAUUCCAGGGGUUGGGAUCUAAUAGUUCAUGUUGAUUUAUUUUAAUUUUUAUUUCUUUACGCGCUGUUUCUCCUCAUUUACUCGUGGUCCUUUUUUUUUUUUUUUUUUUUUUUAAAGCCAGACUGGAAAGUGAUUGGUUCUUACAGCCGUCACUCAAACUGCCUCUCGGCUUCCAGAUGCUCAAACGUCUUCAGCGUGGGGGAAAAACAAAACAAAAAAAAGUGUUUGGCAUUUGGGAGAUUUCUUUUAAAUUCUUCCACCAAAAAAAAAAAAGACCAUAAUGUAUUCAAAGUGUUGUCAAAUCACGACAUACUGUAUAUUUACAUAUUUAUAUAGAAACGAGAAAUUUUCUACAUUUUUUUUGUUCUCUCCUUGUCUUACGUGAAAUGUCAUUGAGAUCAGCAAUUAAAUAUCCUAUUUAUGCGUGUAAUAAAUGUACCUAUACGAAGGAAUACUGUGAUUAUAUUAACAAACAUGCCAAAAUCUACAGAAAGAAACAAACAGGAUCCUAAUUUGCCUUUUUUUUAAUUUUAGAUUCCACGCUGAAAUUCUUGUUCUCUUUCCUGUAUUGUCACAUUCAUCACGCUCAAAUUCUGAAUUUGCGCGUGGGCUGCAGCUGCGCUAAUACAAUAAAAUUGUGAGAUAGCACAAGAAGCUCGACGGAACACUCGAUCCCCAAAUUUCCCCGCUGACAUUCGCGCUUUUCUGUUUCUUUUCGUGCUGUCCCGAACCUUCUCCCUCGUGUGAUGCGCGCCCGCACGUGGCCUCGAGAGUGCUGAUGGUAACGUGCGAGUGUCCGUCUCCGUUUGUGUACGUUUGCUUCAUAAACAGCUGCCUCAGGAUCCAAGCCUGCGCGUUUGAGGAUGAGAGAAUUUCCGUUUUUGUCAGCCUCAAACUGACCACCGACCCGUGGGGUGGGUGGGCAGGGGUGACACCAGCAUCGUGUAUGUAAUAUAUAUAUAUGUAGAAUACGCACAUUCUAUAUACAGAUAUGACAACCUUUAAAAAAAACGUAGUAAGGAAAAUCAUCUCCUGUAUUUAUUGUUGUAAAUCUUUAAAAAAAAAAAUGCUGAAAAUUCCCAUACGUGUUUUGUCCAUCAGAGAGGACAGAAAGUGACGAUGGUAGAUGACGAGCAAUAAUCUCCAAUAAAGAUGUAAACAGUUGAAA